AUGUCCGUUGAAGAUAAGGGUGCUACUGCUGUUGACGCUGAGACCACGGACCAGACCACCACAUUGAAGGUUGUUGUGCCUCCAGCGGAGGAUGGUUCGGUUGUGGAGCCAACUGAGUCUGAACAGACGGAGGAAAGUGGCUCCGAUAAUGCUGAGGCCAACGCUAAUAACGGCACUGACGUUACCGAAGAGUCGCCAAAGGUUACACCGGCAUUGGCAUCGCAAGGUGGGCGUGAAGUAUCUCACAAGAUCCUAUACGUUGGUGGGCUAAACGCGAAAGUUACCGACGAAACAAUCCAACAGGUGUUUGGCGCAGACGGCGAAUUGGCCAAGGUCAACAUCCUAGCUGACAAGAACAGCCCUGGAGGAAGCUUUGCCUUUGUUGAGUUCAAAACUGAAGAAGAUGCAAAGUGUUGUUUCGACAGGUUCCAGGCCGAACCACCAAUCAUUGAAGGUGGGAAAGUUGUCAUUAAUUGGGCUUAUCAAUCGCAGCAGGCGAAGAACGAUCCUGAUGCAGUUAACGUGUUUGUCGGUGAUCUCUCCACAGAGGUUGACGAUGAGACACUAAGAAAGGCAUUCGAACGAUUUGAGUCGGUGCAGCAAGCCCAUGUGAUGUGGGACAUGCAAACUGGCCAUUCUAGAGGUUAUGGUUUUGUAUCAUUUGGUGACGAGAAGGAUGCAUCUCUGGCAAUUGAGAAUAUGAAUGGUAAGGUUAUCGCUGGUCGUGCCAUCCGUUUGAACUGGGCUCAUAAGAGCAAUGGAAAGCAUUCUAAUGGCUACCAUGGGAGUGGUCGUCACCAUGGACAGAACAACACCAUCAACAAUCACAGUAACAAUGGCAGCAGCAACAACAACAACGGUCGUAACCACCGCUAUAACAACAACCAAAGACCACACCAUAAUAACUAUCACAAUGGCCAUCACCAUGUUAACGGAUACUACCAGCAACAACAUCCACAAGGCUUGAUCCCCAUGGUUACAAGUGGACAUAGCUCACCUCACAUGGGUGGUGGUGGUAAUCCAUUGCCCUUGGCCAACGUUGGCUUACCAGGUGCACCAAUGAUUCCUCCACAGAGUUAUGAGAUGGUGUCACGCAAGUCUCCAGUAUGGCAGACCACUGUUUACGUUGGUAAUCUGGCUCACUUCACCACGCAACAGGAGUUGAUUCCACUGCUACAAACGUUUGGAUUCAUCGUUGACGUGAAGUUCUACCCUGAGCGUGGUUGUGCGUUUGUCAAGUACGACACCCAUGAACGUGCCACCAUGGCGAUUCUUCAACUUGGUGGCUUUAUCGUCAAUGGUAGGCCUCUGAAGAUGGGGUGGGGCAGAUCUUCUCAUCAUCAUCAGUAUCAAAACACCGGUGCUAACAGUGGUGCCAAUGCCAAUGCCAAUGGCAGCCUCAAUGACGAGGCAGCACCGCCAGAUGGGUAUAACAGUCAAAGCUAUGGCCAUGCUGUUGUGUAUGGCCAAUAUGAUUUCAAGAAAGGAAAGGAGGAUGAACAAAGAAUAAGACACACACGAGCAACCAUUGGUGAAGAGCCCCCAAUCCCUGCUCGACUGUACAAUACCGUUCAAAGAGUUAUAGCACAUAGGAAUAAGGGACCAGAGGAGCUGUCGCAGUCGUUAAGACCUCUCCAAACCUCUCUGAUGGCCUAUGCAUCGGUGGCAUCAGUGCUCGUGCUGGUGUAG